AACCAGUUCUUCUUCCUCUUUCUCUCGCUCUCUACUGCGAGAUUGCGAGUGUAGAGAUAUAGCGCGCGGCGAGAGGGAGAGAAAAAUUUCGCGUCGCGACAGCCGCUUUUCGAGACAGCUUAGUGUGCAUCAGCAGUCGGUCGGCCGAGCGUCGGUAUAUAUACAUAUAUGCAUACAUAUAUAUGUAUAUAAAAGUAUAUCUGCAGACAGCUGCUCUCGUGUGUGUGUGUGCGUGUGCGUGUAUAUACAUAAUAUAUAUAACGCACGCAUACUCGCGCAACGGCGGCGCGCGCUUUGAGCGAAAGAGAGCUUUGAGUGGCGCGCGCUCGCGCAGUGGUGCACCGCAUCAGUUCGCCUCGACGAGUUGAACUGCGUGCAGUAAGUAAUAUUAGCCGUUCAUUCGCGCGCUGCUCUUCGUCUCGCACCAUCAUCUCCGCCGUCGUCGGGGCCGUCUCGCGCGCGCAGCAUGAGCAGCAGGAACGGAAACGGGCACGUGCUCGUCUGGGAGCAGCCGGGCCUCGACGAGAACGACAGGGCUAUAGCCCAGCCCGAGCUUCCCCCUCACCAGGAGAGCAAAGCUCUGAUAGGCACGAGACAUGUCGUCACGUUCAUGCUUUUCCUGGGCAUGGCCAAUGCCUACGUUAUGCGAACCAACAUGUCGGUGGCGAUCGUCGCUAUGGUCAAUCAUUCGGCCAUCAUCAGCCAGCACGACGACGAGCCCAAGACCAGCGAAUGCUCCGAAAAUCCUUACGUUAAUGCCAGCGAGUCCAGCAGCAGUUCGGAUGGAGAAUUUGCCUGGGAUGCUACCUUGCAAGGCUACCUGCUUAGCUCGUUUUUCUACGGCUACGUACUCACACAGAUACCCUUUGGAAUACUGGCCAAGAGGUACGGCUCCAAGUACUUCCUGGGAGUAGGUAUGCUGAUCAACUCUGUCUUUGGACUGCUGGUGCCCAUCUCUGCGCAAUGGGGAUACUACUGGCUCAUGUUGGUGAGAUUCAUCCAAGGGCUUGGAGAGGGUCCCAUCGUGCCUUGCACGCACGCUAUGCUGGCCAAGUGGGUACCACCUAACGAGAGGAGUAGGAUGGGAGCUUUUGUCUACGCCGGAGCCCAAUUCGGAACGGUAAUAUCUAUGCCGCUGAGCGGCUUGCUGUCAGACCACGGCUUUGCCGGAGGCUGGCCGUCGAUCUUCUACGUCUUCGGCACAGUCGGCACCAUCUGGUGCGUAGCCUUCUUGCUGAUGGUUCACGAGGAUCCCGAGAGUCAUCCACGCAUCAGCGACGACGAGAAGAAGUACAUUCUCAGCUCGCUCUGGGGCAAUGCCGGCGCAUCGUCGCCACCGGUGCCCUGGAAGUCGAUCUUCACCUCGAUGCCCUUCUGGGCUAUUCUCAUCGCCCACAUGGGUCAGAACUACGGAUACGAAACGCUCAUGACCGAGCUGCCAACUUUUAUGAAACAGAUCCUCCACUUCAACAUCAAGUCGAACGGCCUGGUCUCAGCACUUCCCUAUCUUGCCAUGUGGCUGUUCUCAAUGGUAAUCUCGCACGUAGCCGACUGGAUGAUUUCGAGCGGCCGCUUCAACCACACAAUCACCCGUAAGAUUAUCAACGGAAUCGGUCAGUUCGGCCCUGCAGUAGCUCUCGUUGCCGCCUCGUACACUGGAUGCAGCCCUUGGCUCACUGUUUCCCUCUUAACCAUUGGAGUUGGACUUAAUGGCGGUAUUUACUCGGGAUUCAAGGUCAAUCAUCUGGAUAUCUCACCAAGGUUCGCCGGUGUGCUCAUGUCCUUCACCAACUGCUUGGCAAAUCUGGCUGGUCUGUUGGCGCCAAUCACUGCUGGAUACAUCAUUGUUGGAACGCCGACCCAGGCCAAGUGGAGGAUAGUCUUUGUGCUGUCGGCGGCGAUCUACGUGCUGUGCGCGACGUUCUACAUAAUCUUCGGUUCGGGCCAAAGGCAGUCCUGGGACAAUCCCGACCGAGACUCCGAGCUCAAGGAGAAAAGUGACAACAAGAAGAAGCAGCAAAAGUUAAACCACCAGCAUCAACUCCAGAGCGUCAAGACGAUAAGCGAAACUCGUCACUGACACAACUAAACAUUUUCAAAUGGAUCGUCAUUAUAAAUUUAUUAUAUAAAUAACGCAACGGAUAAGCCGCCUGCAAAUAGACGGAGAGAGUUGAGACGCGUGUACGAUAGAGAUAGCAUCGGACUACUCGGGAUUAGAAGAGUCAUAUCUCAAAAUAGUCAGGCUUGCCGACUUGUUAUAAAACUUUGCCACCCCUGCGUCCGCUCUCGCGACUGUAUAUAAACACCUUUUUCGCCUUAUACACACCUGGUGUGUAUUUGCACUCGUGCAUUCAUUCCCUUCGGCAUUGCGAGCUGCCAAGUUUAAAAGCGCGCCGGCGCGGCUCUUGUGUAAUUCGCGAGCAUGCGACGCUUUUCGGUGAAGCUUCGUUCAGCGCGUUUCUCUAGUUCUGUUUUUUUGUAUAAUGUAAUAUAUAUUUUUAGAGGCGGCGCAAACCGACUUUUUUUUAAUGGAAAUGAAUUGUGCAAUGUGGUUUUUGAGGAGAGAAAGAGUGUGUGCGUGUGCGUGCGUGAGUCGUCAAUACGCGUAUGGUGCGUUUAUACAUCUUGCUGUCGCGUAAAAAGUCUUUACAUAUCAUCGCUGGUAGCGAGUAAUUUGUAUGCACAAGUUCUUAGGAUUUUGUUUUACAACGGAAUUCGUUAGGAAUAUUAUUUAAAAACCAUGUCAGCGCAAAACGAUGGGUUAGAAGCAAAAUCGCUGCCACUUGUUUUCUUAUUCACGUGCCUUCUCGAAGUGCGACUUUAGGAAAAAAAUUAUGUAUGAAUAUUCGACUUACUCAGCGACGAUACGAUACAUAGUUAAGUAUUGUUCAUACCUAUGUAGUAAUCGUUCAAAAUUACAAAAUAUGCGCGGUCACGUAUAAUUUAUUUUCCCGAGGCUCACGCAACUCCGUGCUGCAAUUUAAAAACAAAAAAUUUACGAAACAAGAUGUGUAUCAAUACGCGCCAGUUAAACAAACAAAAAGUGCCGUGCGAAUGAUGGAAGUAUAUCUGCAUGUUUUUCCUGUGCACCGAAUCUAGAAAACGAACGACGACUAGGCAACAGUAUUAGGUAGAGCGCGCUACACGUUCGCCAAACGAGAAAAAUAUUUAAAUACAAAAAACCUUAAGUUUUUUUUUCAUCUGUAACUGCCGCUUCGUAAUCGGUGGGAGUUGCACAUAUCGCUUCGCUCCCGACGCCGGUAUACGUAGAUGGUUUUGUAUACACGUUUUGUAGAUAUUUUACCCUUAAGAUCCUAUUAAGUUAUAGAUCCUAGUUCAAUAAUUUACUAUAUAGUAGAUAUUUAUACGUUUACGUUGAAAUGCGAAAACAAAAAAGAAUACCUUAUCGGAUUGCUCUCACCCUUUCGCUUUCUGUUGUAUAAUGUGUGCAAUCGUGUACACACACACACACAGACACAAAUGCGCGUCUGAGUUACGAUAAUUGUUUUCAUAAUUAUUAGCGUGCGUACAAAGAGAUGCAUUUUUUAUAAUGGCAACUGUUACAAUGCGAAUUUUUUUAUAAAACGCACAUUUAUAUAAAUCUCCGCUGUUUCAAUGGAUUUUUUAUAAAACAAAAAAAAUGGUUCGAGUCUUUCCGAAUACCUUAUUUCUCGUUUUUCUUACUCGAUUUUUACUAUGUAAAGAUUCGAAAAAUUGACAUAAUUUUUUUACAGCGCAUUCUAUUUAAUGCGUUAAAUGUGUCUUUUUCAUAAAUUUUCAAAUUACAAUACUGCGCUUCAGUGGUUUGUUCAUUUUCGCCAAUCAAGUUCAGCUCUCAAAUCAUGUUUGCAAUUUUAGUAUGUAUGUUUGCUCAAAAGGCUCUAGAAUUUUCAGUUGUUUGCUAAAAUUCAAUCAGUAUAAACCUUUGAGCGGUCGAACUUUGAUUCAGGAAUGAUUCGUACGUUUUUCUGCUAUGAAAAACAUCAAAUAAAUAGAAUAUGAACAAAAUAAUCUGAUUUGCUACGUCUUAAGAUUUUUGGAAGACAGAAAUUUUUCUACAUCGUUGAUCGUUACAAGUGCCUUAAUUCAGCGAUCGACUUUUUUUGUAUAAGUGAAGUAGAUGUAGAUUUUUGAAAAAUGAAAAAAUGAAAAUUUUGUUUACAGUUCUUUUUUAUGAAAGAAUAAUGCAGUUUGUCAAUCUUGUUGAGGUCUGUGAUUCCUGGAUUGCUCAUAGCAAUUACGUACAUUUGUAAUCUAUAUUAUAGCGUUUCAAUCAAAUUGCACAUACUGCUGGAAAUGUUUUAAACUGAUAUAUGGUUAACACGAAAAAGCAUUAAAAAAUAACGUAAUCGAAUAUUAUCAGAAAGAUUUUCUCGAACAGUUCUUACUAACUCCUUUAUUUAGGAUGCCUUAAUGUGUAAAUCGAAAACUCAGUUUAUUUCAAAGGAUCGAUAAACUAAUCCUUUUAUGAAACGCUGAUUCGAAUGGUAAAAAAGUUAUUUUUCUGGUAAAAAUCAAGUUUUGCCUGUACAAUCGAACAAGCCGUUCGUAUUUUUGUACAUUUAGUUACUAUCACUAUUAAAGCAGCAGUAUAUGUACAUAAUCUAUUCGGCAGUUUGUAACAGCUCUAUAUAUUUUGUUGUAAAAUUUUCAUUGUAUAUUUUUAUUGUUGAAAUCGCAAAAGAUGUGAUAAUAUAAUAGUGCAGUUGAAUAAAAAUAUUCUCCACUUUAGAAAACAA